AGGAACCUGAAGGUUAUAGAACAAGCUGCAGUUCAGAUACCAGAAUACCAGAUCGAGCUGAGCUAGAAUGAAAUUAACAGAGAUGAAGCACCACCACUACCUCCAUGACAACAGAUGUCUUCCUCAAUCUUCAGCCUCUGAUCACCACUCUCUUGCCUGCGACUGCGACCACCGGUCGGCGAUGAAGGAGAUCUCCAGGGAGCAGUCACUGGUGACACAGCUGCGAGCCAUCGUCCUCCCUGCGCUGCAGCAGGCGGACGAACGCUACGAGCUUGUUGCCCAGAUGUUCCAGAGCAUACUGGACUGCUCCAGCAAGGCCAUGGCCGAGCUGCAGCGUCAUCACCAAUCUGAUGAUGGUGCUCGAGCUCGACCAGAUGAUGUGCUCGUUGAUGACAAGAAGAGAGUGAAGAGGAGUAUCUCUGAUGACUGCAUCAGCAAGGAGGAGGAUGUUGUUAAGCCGCGUCAUAAGCAGCUCAAGAGAGGGAGAUUUGACGAGUCCAUGUCACUUGAAACGCCCGUUCCACACUAUGACGGACGGCAGUGGAGGAAAUACGGGCAGAAGCACAUCAACAAAUCAAAACACCCAAGAAAUUACUACAGAUGCGCCUACAGGCAGGAACAGGGCUGUAAAGCAACAAAGACGGUGCAACAGCAAGAUGACAGCACAGGCACUGAUCAUCCCGUGAUGUUCACAGUCGUCUACCACGACCAGCAUACUUGCAAGGACAACAAUGGCAUCAACUUAGGCAUCGAUGACUCUGAAACAAAUAGCCAAUCCAGCAUAUCGACAAUCUCUACAGAUCCCUAUGGCCGUGAGACACCAUCCCUAGAUGGCAAUAAGCUGCUCGACAAAUCUGCAGACUUGAUCACAAGGAACAGCAUGUAUGAGCCAGCCGACAUGACUGUAUUUGAACCUUUGGAUUUGGACAGUUGGGCGUUGGAUGCAUUCUUAAGGUUUGGAGCCUGAUAAGUGAUAAUUCACAUAUAUAUCGAUGAAAAGCUAGUGAUUACCGCAA